AUGGAUGAACUACAUAGUAUAGCUCAGAGUGCUGCAGCACACUUUAAUAAUAGACAGUAUGAUAAGUCUUAUCAACUAUUCCUCGAUAUAAAGAAUAGAUCGCCACAACAAACGCCGAGCAAAGAGGUCUUGAUGAACUUGGCCAUUACAGACUACUAUCAGAACAAUUGUGUAGACCCUAACAAGUUAAUGGAUGAUCUGGCAAAGAUCAACACUCCCUCAACAUCAUCAUCAUCAACUACAACAACAACAGCAUCAACAACUGAUACAUCAUCGUCUGCAACCAAUACACCAACAUCACCAAAGGAUCUUCAUCAACAACACCAACACCAACAACAACAACAUGCUUCAAGUGAUAACUCUCCACCUUCAUCAUUGGCCAACUCAACAGAUGCCCUAGACUUGGAUAAUGAUCAGGCGAUGGUUAUAUAUAAUCAAGCGGUGCUAUAUAACUCACUGCGACAGUACGGUCAAGCCUACAACAACCUCGAGACACUAUUUCAGAACAUACUAUUCCUCGAUGACUACGUGGCCAUACGCAUCUGCUUCCUGAUGGUCAACAUUGGCAUCACCCUGCAGCUCUACGACAAGGCCUACACCGUGCUCUCCUAUCUGGAACAGAACUUCUCGCAUCUCUACCUCAGCAAGGACAGUGUCGACACGCAACAGGCAGGAUUGCAAGCGAUCAAUGAAGGUGGCGGUGGCGGUGGCAGUAGUAGCGAACAGCAUUCCAACAACAACAACACACACAAAGAGUCAACAGAGAGUACCAAUGAUGAUACCAACUCUACAGCGUCAUGGAGCAACACAUUGAUGACUCCAUUCGAGUACCGCUUCCUGAUACACUUCUACAAGUCCAAGUUGUACCUUCUAUCCAACGAGCAUCAUCACAUGGCCAAAGAGGAGAUCAAUCAAGCAAUCUCGCGAGCAAUGAAAAUUAACUACAAGCUACUACCAGCAUGCUACUUGCUCAAGUCAAACUAUUACAAUCUAUGUGGAAACGCCACAAAGACAGUGAGACUGUUGAAUCAAAGCAAGGACAGCCAGCAGUCACCAUCAACUCCAACGACGUCAUCAGGGUCUUCUGCAUCAUCGACUACAACAGCCGACCCUGCUGCUGAUAGUGCCACAAUGGUCAAGCCACUAUCAUUUGGAAUCGAUCUCCAGAUUGAAGACAUCACGCCACACGUCUUCUUCAACAACGUUGGAUGCAUGCACUUCAAUCUCAACCGACAACAUCCAUCGAUAUUCUAUCUGACCAAGUCGCUGCAGGAGCAGUCACCGGCAGCCGGCCAGCCAUCCUUGGCCAAGACAGAAGCAUUCUACAAUCUUGGCGUCAUACUGUUGCUCUCUGGCAAUGCCGAGCUGGCGUUCUCGUGUCUGCAAGAGGCGUGUAUGGUCCUGCACAACAACCCACAGGUCUGGCUACGAUUGUCCGAGUGCUGUAUCCUUGCACAUCAAAAGAAAGCGACUGAGGAACAACAGGCACAUCAGAGCCUGACUCUGCUGGACAAGGAGGAGCACAGUCGACGCAUACUCUUGCCAACUACCAGCGGUCUGCACCAGGGACUGCAAAUCGAGGACAGCGACGUCCAAUCCACUCUUGGCGAUGAGUCCAAUGAGUCGGUCAGACUUGGAACUCUGUCACUCGAGUUUGCUGCCAAGUGUCUCAGGAACGCCCACUACCUCCAGGCCAAGGUUCUAAAGUCCCUCAAGUCGCCCAAGACGCUAAAGUCUGCCAUGUCCUCCUCGUCAUCACCGCCAUCGACUCCACCACUCACAUCAACAUCGACGGCGCCUGCACAACCCUCCUCUUCGACAUCAACAUCCUCAUCAACACCCGUCUCCAGCAGGGGUGGAGCAACUUCACCUAGCGUCGCCCAACUGUUCCACGCUCACAGCAACGAACUGAUGCUGAGCAUCCUGGCAUCGCAAGCCUACAUUGCACUGUGCACCAACAAUCCAGUCGUUACAUUGACUGCCACCAAGUCACUACUUAGUCUAUGUGAUGAAGUGUCCGCUAGCAAUCAACAACAGCAACAACAGACAUCUGUGUCAGGUGAUCAAUCAUCAGUGGAGGCAAUCAACAACAAGUUUAGAUACUAUGGACAUAUUUAUGCAGCUGAGGCCAGCAUAAUGUUGAAUUGUCCAGACAAGGCCAUCAGUUACCUCUCGCCCUCCUUCGUCGACUCAAUCCAAGACAGCUCAUUCCAAAGCCGGCUCAAUCAAAACCCCAUCACAGAUACCAUCUCUCCCAAUGAUCAUAGAGCUGUCUUCUACCGAAACCUGGCAAUAGCCUAUUUAUUAAUGGAUAACCUUGAGGGCGCUACACAGUGCAUCACAACGAUAUUGAGCAACGAUCAAACAAACAACAACAACAACAACAAGACAAAGAUAACACUGCUACAGGUAUACAUUGAGUUAAGACAAGGUAAUGUGGCCAAUGCCCUAAGCAUCUUGGCCAGGGAGAGACCACUUCCAAUACAACACUCAUUGCAACAACAACAACAGCAACAAGCAGCCCAGCAGGCAGCCCAGGCGCAAGCGCAGCAGCAACAACAGGAGUAG